GCGGGGGGAGGGAGCGCGUGAAGCAGAUUUUCUGUCAUGCCGUCGCCGCCGCAGCAGCGUCUGUUGUGGAAUUCACUUUUUUAUUAUUUUGAUUUAUUUUUUGUCAGGAUGACUAACGGAUGAUUGUUGCUGUCAUUAGAGAGGGGAGUGAGAUGGGAGACAGUCACAGACGUUUCGGGAAACUCGAGACCCUCGCGACCAAGUCUCGGGUCUCCAAGGAGACGAAGCUCCGGCUGCGCGUGAUCUUCCUGGAUGACAGCGAGCGCACCUUCGAGGUGGAGCAAAAAGUUUUAGGUGGUGAAUUUUACAACAAAGUGUGCGGACAUCUGAAGCUGCUGGAGAAAGAAUACUUCGGACUGGAGUUCAGACACCGCAGCGGCAACUACGUUUGGUUGGAGCUGCUGAAGCCGUUGUCCAAACAGAUUAAAUACACCAGCGAUCUGUUCUUCAGGUUCAUUGUUAAGUUCUUCCCACCGGAUCCUGGCCAGCUGAAGAGGGGCCUCACCAGUCAAUGUGUGUGUAGGUAUCUGUUUGCCUUGCAGAUAAAACAGGACUUGUCUAAUGGCAGUCUGACCUGCAAUGACAACAGUGCCGCCCUGCUGGUCUCCCACCUACUUCAGUCCGAGCUCGGGGACUAUCACGAGGACCUGGUCUCUCAGCAUCUAGAACUAAAGCACUACGUCCCCAACCAAGAAUACCUCGACCAUAAAAUCAUCAAGUUCCACAAAAGACACAGAGGUGUUUCUCCAGCGGACUCUGACAUCCACCUGUUGGAGUUGGCGAGGAAGCUGGAUAUGUACGGCAUCAGACCCCAUCCUGCCCACGAUGGCGAGGGAACGAGGAUCAACCUGGCUGUUACACACUCUGGAGUUCUCGUAUUUCAGGGAAAUACUAAGAUCAACACAUUCAGCUGGGCCAAGAUCCGCAAACUGAGCUUCAAGCGUAAACAUUUCUUAAUCAAACUUCAUGACAAAGUUGUGCCAUCCUGUAAGGACGUAUUGGAGUUCUCCAUGGUGAGUCGUGAUGUUUGUAAGUCGUUCUGGAAGAUGUGCGUGGAAUACCACGCAUUCUUCCGACUAGCUGAGGAACCGAAGGCGAUACACAAAACACUUCUGUCCUGCAAAGGCUCCAGCUUCAGAUACAGUGGGCGGACCCACAAGCAGCUGUUGGGAUGUAUGGGACUGGGAGAGAAGCUUUCUCACUUUGAGAGGACGUACUGUCAGACUGACUUUGAUCCCAGACAGUGUCGAUCUUCGCCUGAUCUUCUCACUGAUGUCUCCAAACAACUAUUCAGGCACUCCCACCCAUUCCCUCGGUCAGGACGUACCAUGGCGGUGCACAGUCAGGAAGAGCUGGACUGUCAUCAUCAAGCUGCAGAUGACAUUGAAGGACAAGGGACAAAACGCAGCCAAUGCUCUGUUGAGGUCAGUCAGAGGUCACGCACUUUCUCCGAAGUCGCACCCUUUUCUUCAUGCCUCAGUCAAUCCACCCCCUCACCCAAAACAAGGGCUGCCUCAACAUCUCUGAUGGAUGAUGACAUGCGAGGUGGACAGUUUGGUGCACAACGCCAAGCUCAACGGUUAGCCGGCGUCUACGGCCUCCGAUCACGGCGCCGGCCAAACCCACAGCCACACCCAGAUGCAGCACAGCAGUUGGUUCUUCUCUACCCAAACAAUCCAGCCUACCAGUACCACCCUAUUCUCCCCACAUUUCCAAUGGCUGGCAACCUGCCACUCAGCCAACAUGCCUGUUUGUCAGAUUAUGUUGUUGUUUCCUCACUGGAGCGCUUCCCACAGCCAAGAAGGCGGGAUUAUGUGACAAUGGACGGCCUCUCUCGGCCCUUGAUAUACCCACUAAACCAUGAAUCUGCCUCUCUGUCACCGCUCAGGAGGAACCUGUGCCCAUCUGGUUUGGGAGGACUACCCAGGGUGUACCAGCAAGGAACCAACGGAGCAAGGCACUUGGAUAUCGGACAUACUGAGGCGGGGCAUUAUAGCGACGACUCCAACUUCCUUCCAGGACUGCCUCGCCGUGUUGCUAGCCAACCAGAUGUCAAGUUCCACCUCUCAAGGAGUUCAAACCCUACUUUUAAUCCAGCUUCUGAGUUCCGUCCCCUUGGCUACUACCCCCACUUGUCACGCCCCUCCAGACCGACCUACCUCCCAUUAAAUUCUUCACCUCUGCUUGAUCGACCUACAUCACUAUGCAUGGCUGGAGGGACCAUGCAAAGCUACAGCAAUUCGGACCCAGAGGUUUUCUAUCCAUAUUAUUGCCCAGCACCACCGCUGGCAAACGUGGCACGACCCUUCGGACUUGCCACGAUGAGAUUUUCUUCUGGGAGCCUCCAACUGGAUGAAGCAGAAGAAGGGGAGGAGGAAGACGAAGGUGCAGUGAAAAAGACAAAAAAGGAAUUUAAGUGUGAGGAGAGUAAUGAGAAAACAGGCGAAGGAGAACAGAGCAAAGGAUCAGCAAAAAUGACUGAGGUCACUCUGUAGAUGUAGGACCGAAACCAUCAGCAUCUGGUGACCCUGACUGA